AUGAUAAGAGAUAUAAAUGUAGAGCAAGUGACGUCCACAGAAGUAGCCAUGUUAUGCAGCCUUAACGGGGCGGAUAUCAGCCGGAGGGCCUGUCACGGUCCCCACUGCCCGACUCCCGGCACCGGGGAAGUAAAUUCUGCCAUCGUGAACUUGGCCCUGCACUAUAAUGAUGACCUCUGUCUAGAGAUUCUGCUCACUGACUGUAGUAAACACGUGACCCAGGGGGAUGAGAUCGUCUGCGGUUCGAAUGGACACACCUAUGAAAACCACUGUCAUUUUGCGCAUGCGCGAUGUGAAUACUUUUUCAACCAAGAACACAACACAGAUGUGCAGUUGUCUGUGGCACACAGAGGCGCAUGUGCUGCCACCACAGUGGCCCUUGCCGCCAUGACAACCACUUCCGGUGCUGCUACAACCGCGGGCGGAGUGACAUCAGGCGUGCCCGCUUCCGCUAUGAUGACGACUACGGUGGAUUCGACAACAAUGAUGCCGACGACUACGACGUUGAUGAUGACGACAGCGGAUCCGGUGAACUCCAUUAUUGCCAGCGUGUUUUGUCAACAUAUGGACUCUAUCGACUGUUCAGGGGGAUUCAAUGUCGUCUGCGCAUCGAGCGGGAAUUUCUAUCCGAAUAAUUGCGAGUUCUCGAAAGCCAAAUGCCGCGACUCCUCCAUAACUUUGGAACCCGACGUGUCCCGAUGUUACGGGAGUACUUUUAAGAAAUGAGAUUUCGUCAAAAUCUUUUCUCAAUAAACAUCUCCAGUGACAUUUA